AUGGGUUGUAAAUGGAUUUUUGCCGUCAAAGUCAAUCCAGAUGGCUCCAUAGCGAGGCUUAAGGCCUGUCUUGUUGCCAAAGGGAAUGAUAGUACAUGGAUCUCUUCUCUCAAAAACUACGAGCAUGCGAGUUUUCAUACCAAAGACUUGGGUCAGCUUAAAUAUUUCUUAGGAAUCGAAACCUUGAGAAGUAAAAGUGGAAUUUUCCUGUCUCAAAGGAAAUAUGCCAUUGCCUUACUUGUAAAAACUGAGAAGAUGGGAGCUAAACCAUGUAGCACACUAAUGAUUUCUAAUAUAUGUCUUGCAAAAGAUGACGGAGACCCUUAUGAUGAUUCAGAGAGGUAUAGGAGGUUAGUUGGAAAGUUGAACUACCUUAUGGUGAUGACUCAGCCAGAUAUUGCUUUUGCAGAUUCAAAAGUGAUAGAAGGUCGACUAUAG